AAAGAAAACCUAAAAUAGAAUCAAGGAACAAAACCUAGAGCAGAAGCCAUGAACCCGUGAACCAAAGAACCACGAAUCGCUUAAGUCACUUAAGGGAUGCUAGAAGCUAUGAACCCAUGAACCAAGGAUUACAAAUCACAAAAGGCAGAACAAAAUCACAAAACCCAUGAACCCAUCUAUUUUCUAAGUAACCAAACAGAAAAUUACAAUAAAAGAAACCAAACGCAUUUGUUUCGUCUUCCAAUAGCCCUCCAUCCCUUUUUCCUUCUCUGUGUUCGCGGCUAGUAGGACUAGUGGACAUAUAAUCCCUGCUGUGGCCAUAGCUGAUGAGUUCAAAAUCGCAGACCCCAACAAACAAUUCCUCUUUAUAGGAACCCAAUGGAGGUCUAACCGUAGAUGUCCACCAUAUCACCAAUCUAAUCCUUCUUCGAAACUGCCGCGACUUGUUUGUGUGGAUAGCGACGCCAGGUUGUUGAUGUGUAGUCUAAGGAAGAGCUGCGAGGCUCGAUACUGAAGGGAGGUGAGCUAGGUCUGGUGUUGCGUGAAUAUGUUAAAAGAGAGGAGAAAUAGGUUUGCGAGGAAGCUUUCUUCUAGUGGGUAUGAGGAAAUGGGCUUCGAAGAUGAAGGGAUUCAUGUGAGCUCCUCUUGUGGAUGAACUGUGUUUAUUGUUGCAAGAAAUAAUUUAUUAUUUACAAACCCAGAAAGAAUUGACGAUGGAUGAACGGGAAUGAGAGGAGAAAUUAGGGAUGAUGAGUGUAUUUUUGGGUCCUUUCAACGGAAUAUAUGGACGGAAGGGCCUUUAUUUUAACAGAAUGAUACUAUAGGGGCAAAACCAUUAAGUUUUAAAAAUAGAAGAACAAAAGUAUUAAUUAUGACAUAAUUUAGGUAUUAAAAAUAAUUUAUCCAUGAAACAAUUUGGCAAUGGUAGUUCCGUCAUUAGCUGGUGUAUAUAAAUUUGAGCGCCUAUAUGUACGAUUCUUAUGGAUAGAAACCCCCACAAAGGCCAGGAAUCUAACAAAAGGAACUCCAGUCUUCAAAUCGAUUUGCAGCGCGAGGUAAGAAACCCAUUUCUCUUUAAAGCCUUAAGCUCCUUCUAUUCUUUAUCACUAUAAACCCUAAUUGCCCACACUUUGUUUUUGCUUUCUCCUACUCAAUAUCCGAAUCUGAAAUCAUGAUACCAUUAAGGUUUCGAUUCUAGUACCUAAGCUUCCUGCUAUUUAUCUUGAUUCACUGAAAUAGAGAUCUUAUGGUUUGAUUCUCGAAGUUUGGUCCCAGUCAGAUGAUCUAAUGCUUUAAAUUUAGCAGUUUUGGGGGAUUGUUUUGAUCUGGGUCUCGUGAAAUUGGUGCAUUAUGAGUUGGAUUAUGUAUUUUCUGAUGAAAUUCUAGUUUUUUAAGAAAACCCAUAUUGUUUGAGCUGAAUGGAGCUCUAAUGCAGACGUUUGUGGUGGAAAAGUUGCAAUGGUAUUUUCUUUAUUGAGAGUUCAGAUAAGUCAGCUUCAAUUAAAACGAGGAUUUUGAGCAUUUUGUAGGGAAGAGGUCAAAGGGUUGUUACAGAUGGGAAAGCCAUUGUUUUAUGAGAUCUUGGAAAAACCAGCUACUAGUAGUAUAAUAGGGAUAUGCAGUGCCAUAUGGUUUUAUAUACAGAAGAAAAACAUUGGGUACUCACAUGUGGGCUUAAGUUAUGAAACUGCCAUUGAAGGGCACCAUUGGAGGAUAAUUACUUCAGCUUUUUCACAUAUUAGUGUUCUACAUCUUGUUUUCAAUAUGAGUGCAUUGUGGAGUCUUGGUGUAGUAGAACAGUUGGGCCACAUCGGCCUUGGUGUGGCAUAUUAUCUUCAAUACACUCUUGUGCUAGUCGUCUUUUCUGGGUUGUUGGUAUUGGGAAUGUACCAUAUAUUGAUACAAAGAUUUAAGGUAGAUUACUUUCGAAGAGUGACAGCUGUUGGGUAUUCUUGUGUUGUUUUUGGGUGGAUGACAAUUCUUUCCGUAAAGCAACCCUCCUCAAAGUUGGAUCUCUUUGGGUUUCUCUCACUACCCAUAAGUUUUGCACCUUUUGAAUCAUUAAUUUUUACAUCAAUAAUUGUACCACAAGCAAGUUUUCUUGGUCAUUUAUCAGGAAUUAUUGUUGGGUAUGCUACUGCAUGGGGUUUGAUUCAUGGGAUGAACAAUUUCUGGGCAAUCUCAAUGCUGGGAUGGAUUGUGGUCAUUUUUGUAUUCAGUUUGAAGCAGUCUGGUGCAUAUAAUUUUAACUUUCUUGAUAUUGAAUCUGUUGCGGAUCCUUCAUUCCCUUCUGUGCGAUUUCUUGGGAAUGGUAGAACCUUGCAGAUGAGUGCAUUACCACUUGAAGGUGUUGAAGUUGUUUAAUAUCUGGUAAUGAUCUUAUUCCUUAGAAUGCUUUUGACUUCAUGAAGAGUCCUUCCUGCAGGAUGCAUGUUGUUGUUGACAUUAGUGGUUUGUGAGGUUUUCAGCAGCCAUCAUCGUCCCCCUAUGGUUUGUCUGUUGUACUGAAGAUUCUUUUUAUUUCCCUUUCAGAUUCCUUGUUCUGUUGGAUCUCAUUGUUUUGAUUUUAAAUAGCUAGUAUAUUGGUCAAACAAACUUCCAAAAAAAUGAUAUAAAUGAAUAUCAGAUAUAAUUGCCCUGUGCGAGUUUUCUGGAUAAAUAAGUUGAUAAUAUUGAAUGAGCUUAAA